UCUCAGUCUCUCCCUUUCUUUCUCUCUCUUUCUCUCCUCCCUCGCUCUAGUCCAGGGCGUCUGUGCCAGGAGUGGCUAGAGCAGAGAGGCUGGGAGCCGCAGAAGGAGCAGGACCUCCUCAUAGUGACUUAAUAACCAGGACCCCCUCCCUAAAGACGCCUCACCACAGGGGAGGAAGAGAAUACGCAAGAAGAGGUCCGUGGAGAUCCUGGGAACUCUCAAGUCGGGGGUCUAAGACAGCGGCAGUUUUUAGAAGUUAUUCUUGCAUCACUGAGGAGGACAGAUGGACUUCAGGGCGGCCCUCAAACCCCGGCCGGGGCCUAAGCUGGGGUCAGAGAUCAAGACAAACACCCCGACCAAGGUGGACUUCAGGUCGGUGUUGGGAAAGAAGGAGGGCAGCUCGCCCAAACCUGCUCCACCUGAGCCGGCUCCCAGCAGCGCACCUGCAGACUUCAGGUCCAUUCUCAACAAGAAGAAGACCCCGGAACCCGAGAAGUCUGGUGCUAAAGAGCCGGCUCCUACACCAGCAGUCACCAAACAGGACAAACAGAGCGGAAUCAACGGCAUGAACGGGACAGUGGACAACAAAAAGACCAGCCUGGUAGAAAAAGUAGGGACAGAGAAAAAGACUGCAGGAGGGACUGCAGAAAAGAAAAGCAUCCCAGCAGAGAAGCUGAGCCCUGAGAAGAAGACGGAUGGUGGGAUUGUGGAAUCAAAGAACAAAACUGUGGAUGGAGGCAUCAAUCAGAAGAAGGGUACCAACGUGGAUGGGAGUUCAGCAGAAAAGAAGAGCGUGCCCAUUUCUGUGGAUGGAGGAGAUGGAGGAAAGAAGGGCUCUGGCAAAGCGCCCUCGUUCACACAGACUCUGAACGAUGUCACAGUUGUGGAUGGAGAAAGGUUGAGGUUAGAGUGCACGGUGACCUCUGACUCACCGGCUGUCAUCACCUGGUCCCUGGAUGGGAAAGUUGUGAAGCCGUCAAAAUUCAUUGUAUUAUCUCAGGAAGGAGGCAAAUGUUCACUGACCAUAGACAAGGCUCUUCCAGAAGACGAAGGGCGCUAUACAUGCAAAGCAGAGAAUGCAGAGGGAAAGGCCGAAUGUUCCUGUAUGGUCCAAGUGGAUGAUCCCUCAGAUCCUUCAGCAGAAAAGAAAAACAGGAAAAGCUCAUCAUCAGCACCUACAACAGAGAAUGAAGCCAGAAUAAAGAAGAAGCCAGCGCCAAAGUCUCCCACCAAACAGGGUUCUCCACCCCAGAUUCUGCAGUUCCCAGGAGACCUGAAGAUCAGAGCAGGAGAGAAGGUGGAGCUGUUGUGUAACUUUGGAGGCACUGCACCCAUUACAUGCACCUGGCUCAAGUUCAAAAAACUGAUCCAGGCAGGAAGUGGAGGUGUUACCAUAGAAACCAAGGAGAACAGCAGCCAGCUGACGAUUGCAGCCAGCGACCAGGAUCACUGUGGCUGCUACACGCUGGAGCUGCAGAACAAAUACGGCACCAAGCAGGCCUCGCUCAACCUCACCGUUGUAGACAAGCCCGAUCCACCAGCCGGGGUCCCAGCUGCCUCAGACAUCCGCAAGUCCUCGCUCACCCUCUCCUGGUAUGGACCUACUUACGAUGGGGGCAGCAUCGUCCAGUCAUAUAAUCUUGAGAUCUGGAACUCUGUGGAUGACAAGUGGAGCACACUCACUUCCUGUAACAGCACCUCCUACCACAUCCAGGAGCUGCUCUCAGAUCGGCAGUACAAGUUCCGCGUGCGAGCGGUUAACAUGUACGGCAUCGGCGAACCCAGUGCCGAGUCAGAACCGGUCACAGUGGGAGUACAAGUGGAGCCAGAAAAAAAAGAAGAGGAAGCUGAGGCAACAGUGUCCGAUGAUGAUUCAGACAAAGAGCCCGAGUACAGGGAUGUGGUUAUAAAGAAAGACUGCAGUGUAAAGGACUUCUAUGACGUGGAGGAUCGCUUGGGCACGGGUAAAUUUGGCCAGGUCUUCAAAGUGGUCGAGAAGUCAACCAAAAAGGUGUGGGCAGGGAAGUUCAUCAAAGCUUUCUCGCAGAAGGAGAAGGAGAACGUGCGGCAGGAGAUCAGCAUCAUGAACAGCCUCCACCACCCUAAGCUCGUGCAGUGCAUGGACGCCUUCGAGGGCAAGUCCGACAUGGUCAUGGUGAUGGAAAUGAUCUCGGGCGGGGAGCUGUUUGAGCGAAUCGUUGACGAGGAUUUCGAGCUGACAGAGCGCGAGGUCAUUAAGUAUAUGCUCCAGAUCAUCGAUGGGGUCCAGUUCAUCCACAAGCAGGGCAUCGUGCACCUGGACCUCAAGCCAGAGAACAUCAUGUGCGUCAACAAGACGGGCAGCAAGAUCAAACUCAUCGACUUUGGCCUUGCAAGAAGGCUAGAGGACUCCGGUGCACUCAAGGUUCUCUUUGGAACACCUGAGUUUGUGGCCCCUGAGGUGAUCAACUAUGAGGCAAUCAGCUAUCCAACAGAUAUGUGGAGCAUUGGAGUUAUCUGCUACAUCCUUGUUAGUGGCCUCUCUCCAUUCAUGGGGGACAACGAUAAUGAAACCCUUGCCAACGUUACCUCUGCAACUUGGGACUUUGAGGACGAGGCUUUUGAUGAGAUCUCGGACCAGGCCAAAGAUUUCAUCAGCAGCCUCCUGAAGAAACACAUGAAGGCCAGGUUGAGCUGUGCCCAGUGCCUGGAGCACACCUGGCUAAAGCAGGACACCAAGAACAUGGAGGCCAAGCAGCUGUCCAAGGAGCGCAUGAAGAAGUACAUACUGAGACGCCGAUGGCAGAAAACAGGCAAUGCAGUACGAGCCAUUUCCAGAUUCAGCUCUAUGGGAAUGCUGGCAGGGAUUGGCCCAAAGAAAAGCUCCCCAACAGAAGAUAAUAAACCAGAAGAACCCCCUGCGCCAUUCCUAGAGAGUGCAGAAGAUGAGAACCACACCCCUGCGCCUCCCACCUUCUCCUUGGUCAUCCAGGAUGUGGAGGUGGUGGAGGGCAGUGCCGCCCGCUUCGAUUGCAAGAUUGAGGGCUACCCAGAUCCUGAGGUGGUGUGGUACAAGGACGACCAGCCAAUCAAAGAGACGCGCCACUUCCAGAUCGACUACGAGGAGGACGGCCACUGCAGCCUGGUCAUUUCUGAGGUGUGUCCCGACGACGAUGCCAAAUAUACCUGCAAGGCGGUUAACAGCUUGGGCGAGGCCUCCUGCACGGCCGAACUGAUGGUGGAGUUCAUGCAGGAGGAGGAAGGAGAGGGGGAGGAGGAAGAAGAAGAAGAGGAAGAAGAAGAAGAGGAGUAAAAGGACAUAUGAGGAUACAUGAGGACAGGUGGAAGAACGAACGGACGAUUGGAUACCGUGGGAGCUCUGAAUCUUCUUAAAGCUUACACUCCUUUUCCUGCUGCUUUUGCUAGACACAGGCUGUGAGUCUUUCACUGAUGCAUAUAUUUAUUCACUUCUGUCUUUAGAGCGCAAUGGUAUAAGUGUGAAAACUGUAUGAAAUGGAUGUUCAAAGACAUUCCAGCGUGUGCUCGGUUUCUGAGGAUCAUCAACAGCUGAACUCUUUUGGGGCAGUUCAGUAGAAUGUGAGAACGCCUGUAGAACAACACUUUGGUGCCUUCGUUUGGACUUUCAGUUUCUUGUGUUUGUUUUCCGGUGCAUCAUCACUUGUUUUCUGAGUCGGGACACGCCGCUUUGACUUCUUCGGGGCCGGUCGGCCUUUUUUUGUGCACGUUUCACCGUUUCCGCUCUGCACUGUAGCGCACUCAAGUGGUGAAAACACUUAAUGCAUUUAAACCUUUACGUAGCCUAGCAUGAUGUUAGAUGUAUGCCUUUCAGCCUGUGGCCCUGAGGCAACAGACACACCGUUGGAGACCUAACUGUAUAAAAAAAUCAGUAAUCGAGUUUUUUUAUCUGAUAAUUUGAUUUGCACGUUCGCUGACACAAUGUUUACGACUUUUUUUUCAAAGAAAAACUGGUAAAACUUUCUAUGAAUGUCACGUUUGUAAGCAUCUAUAAACACAUUCAUUACAUGUUAUAAUGCAUUCAUAAGGCAUCAUAAA